UAUGCUUUAAAACGUUUGCGAAACGUCAAACAGUCAAUUUGCAUUGGACUAUGGAAAAUUUAUGUUUAUAAAAUUUGUUAGUGAUUUAUCUCUUUCACCUGUAUUUAUAUAUACUUAGAUUGAAUGUGACGAACUGUGAAAAUUGGCGAAAAUGUCUGACACAGAGUAUGAGAAAUUUGAGAUAAACGAUUAUGAUUUGGAGAAUGAGUUUAAUCCAUUUCGAACCGGUCGAAAGCGACCGACGAAAAAUCAACAAAUUUAUGGCAUUUGGGCUGAUGAUGAUAGCGAUGAUGAGGGCAGUCAAAGCACAUCAAAAGGUCGAAAUCGUGGCGAUACACGAAGAGGAAAAGAUUAUACGGCGCCCAUCGGUUUUGUUGCCGGCGGAAUUCAACAGUCGGGAAAGAAAAAGGAGGAAGAAACCAAGAAAUCAGAUGAAGAAAAAGCAGAUGGAGCAGACGGUAGUAACACAUCAAGUGAAUCCGAUGGUGAAGCAAGACCAACAAUGUCAUUUAGAGGCAAAGGUGGUAAGGGAGGCAAGCAAAAUCAAGCGGGUUUCCAGUUCACGUCAAACUCAAUGCCAAAUAGAGGCUUGGGCAAUUGGGAGCAACACACGCGUGGUAUUGGAGCCAAAUUGCUGCUUCAAAUGGGUUAUGAGCCUGGCAAAGGUUUAGGAAAAGAUUUACAAGGUAUAUCACAGCCAGUGCAAGCACAUUUGCGUAAAGGACGCGGAGCAAUCGGUGCGUAUGGCACUGAACACGGUCAAACGAUCGGUGAUGCCAAAUCAAAUAAACCCAAAGUGGAUGAGGAUGAAAAAGAAGAAAAAGAUUUCAAAGAAAAAAUGGAGCAGUGGCGUAAAGGACCAACUGAUUCAAAGUCGAAAAAGAAACGCUACUACAAAAGUGUGGAGGAUAUUAUUGAGAAAGGGAAAAAAAAGAAUUACAUACUUUCGGAUAAGUUGAGCACAAAAAUGAGCAAUGUAACCGUCAUCGAUAUGACUGGGCCAGAAAAGCGUAUAUUAAGCGGCUAUCAUGCGCUGGGUCAAGCAAAAAUGAGUGAAGAAAAUCUGUACAAACAGCGGCCAGCAAAGGAGUGUGUCAACUUUGACUUGCCCGAACUAACCCAUAAUCUCGAUCUCAUUUUGGAUAUGUGUGAGCAGGAAAUCAUUCAAAUUGAUAAAAAUAAGAAGGCAGCAGCUGAUCGUAAGGUGGCAUUGCGCCAAGACAAGGAAAGUUUGGAGAAAAUUGUUAAAUUGGAACAGGAUCACAUUGCAACGCUGAAGAAUGUGACGGAGUUAGUUGAGUCAUUGGCAUCGCCCAAAGAACCGUUAACAUUGAGUAAAUCGGCGGAAAUAUUCACACAACUUCUCAACGAAUAUCCAGAUGAUUACAAAGAGUUUGGCUUAUCGGAUUUGGUGCCCGGUGUGAUUGCACCUCUGUUUCAACGAGAAUUGCGUGAUUGGGAUGUUUUGGAUGCGCCUGAAUAUCCAGUGAAACUUCUUAAACGCUUUGAAUUCCUUAACGACGAUAAAAGCCAAAAUAACAAUAUUUUCAGUCCUUAUUCAUCGCUGAUUAUGUUUGGCAUCAUUCCGAAUAUUCGGACAGCAAUAGCCGAAUGGAACCCACGAAAUCACCAAGCCAUGGCUGAUCUACUCGAUACUUGGGCCAAACUUUUCCCAGCCCAUAUACUUGAUAAUGUCCUCGAAAAGCAAAUUCUGCCGCGAAUCGUCAAGGGCGUUGAAGUAUGGGAUCCAACGACAGAUACACUUCCAGUUCACUUUUGGGUUAUUCCAUGGCACAAUUUGCUCGGAACGAAGAUGAAAGAAAACGUUUAUCCGAUGAUUAUGGAAAAAUUGAGCAAAGCACUUGUUUCAUGGUUACCAUCCGACCGAUCGGCCAGAGCUAUCAUCGCACCGUGGAAAGGCGUUUUCCCAGAAACAGACUUCCAAAACUUCCUGCUCAAGAAUAUUAUUCCGAAGUUGCAGCUUACUUUGGCGGAGAUAAUAAUCAAUCCACACCAUCAAGACAUGGAUCAAUUCAAUUCAGUUUGGGAAUGGCAUGAGUUGAUAUCUACACAAGCAAUGGCACAGAUGCUUGGGAAAUACUUCUUCCCGAAAUGGAUGCAGACGCUUGUCAUUUGGCUCAAUCAGAAUCCGAAUCUGGAGCAAGUUAGUAGAUGGUUUUUAGGGUGGAAAUCACAAUUUUCAACCGCCAUUUUGGAGUCAAUCACUAUCAAAGAACACUUCCGUCGAGCUCUUGAGUUGAUGCAACGUUCGACUGGUGCUGGUCUACCGGCAAAUAUGCAGAUGCCAACGCCAAUCAUUGAACCGAUCGUGAGUGCGCCUCCACCACCGUCGCUAAUGGAUUUCAAUGUUGGACCCGCACCACAGCUCGAAUUCAAAGAACUCGUUUCACAGAAAUGUGCCGAACGAGGAAUCAUCUUUGCUCCGAUGCCAGGCCGCAGAGAACACGGCAAACAAGUCUAUCGAGUUGGCAAACUGUUUUGUUACAUUGAUCGAACAGUCGUUAUGUUGAGUGACGGUAGUUUUACCAAUUGGAUACCUGUUUCAAUACCAUCACUACUUGACCGAGCCGUUACCGGAGCAUUUUAAAUUGUAAAUUCAUUGGAGUAAUCAGUUUUAGUUUUUUUUUUUAUUUCGCAAAGAGGAUUAAAAAUACACAUUUCGUUAAUAAACAUUUAUAAUACAUAAAACAAA